CAUCAGCCAGGCCAGGGGUAUUGUGCAGGGGCUGGGUCCAGAAGAGGGAGAGGAAGGCUCCAGCAGGGCAGGUAAUCCUGGCCCGGGUUAGAAAUCAGGCUGAAGUUACUCAUUAGCAGCUGGAAGGGUCAAGGGUCGAGGCCAGGGGGCUGGAGGCAGUGGACUGAGCAGCCAGAGGGGAGAGCAGCUAAGGCAGUCGGCCCACGCCACCCACUCUGCCGCCUGAAGAUGUUCCACCGAGUGUGGGCCGCUCUGCUGUCCCUCUAUGGCAUCCUCCUCAAUUCCGUCUACCAGUGCCCCGAGCACCCUCAGCUGAUGGCUCUUGGCGUGGAUGAGAAAGAGCUCCCAGAGCCCCACCUGGGCCGAUGGUACUUCAUCGCCGGGGCAGCUCCCACCAAGGAGGACUUGGCCACCUUUGAGUCUGUGGACAACAUCGUCUUCAGCAUGGCUCCUGGCCCCGCUCCGAGGCGGUUCCAGCUUAGUGCCACCGUCCGCACGAAAAAUGGGUUGUGUGUGCCCCGGAAAUGGAUCUACCACCUCCCUGAGGGGAGCACCGAUCUCAGAACUGAAGGCCGCCCUGACAUGAAGACCGAGCUCUUCUCCAGCUCGUGCCCAGGAGGGAUUAUGCUGAAAGAGAUGGGCCAGGGUUACCAACGCUUUCUCCUCUACAAUCGCACCCCACACCCUCCAGAGAAGUGUGUGGAAGAAUUCCGGUCCCUGACCUCCUGCCUGGACUCCGGAGCCUUUUUACUGAUUCCCAGAAACCAAGAGGUCUGUGAGCUGCCCAGUAACCGACAUGGAACUGCAGCCGUGGUCCCAGCCAGAUACGGUGGGAGCUGAGUGCUGAGGGAGGAACACUGGAGACUCCUUUUGCCGAUAAUAAAAGUGAUUGUUCAGCC